AUGCUGAGGAGAUCAAGCUCUCUGCCAUUUAGGCAAUUUUUGAAGUACCAUACUACUACUGUUGCGAAAGAAGCUACACCUGCUGCAAACAAGUUGCCUAUCAAUGUAGAGGCGGUCUAUCACGCCCCGUUGAGAGUACCAAUUGAGCACGGCGAUUUGAUUGCAGAUUUACAACUGCGUUCGUAUGAUCAUGAGAAUUUGGACUUCUUCUCCGAUUUUAUCUUAAGGGCGGGUUUUUAUUUGGGAAUGCCGCUUACAGGUCCAAAACCUUUGCCCACGAGAAGGGAACGCUGGACUGUGAUUAGAUCACCAUUUGCACAAGCGAAAUCGAAGGAGAACUUCGAGAGACACACACACAAGAGACUGAUUCGAGUCUGGGACACAAAUCCCGAAGUUGUGGAGCUGUGGUUGAGCUACAUCACGAAGCAUUCCAUUCCAGGUGUUGGUAUGAAGUGUAACUUAUACCAAAGGGAGGGCAUAAAGUUGUCAUCGGCUGUAAAUCAUACUUCGCUAGUGAACACCGGUGAGAAAUCCAAGACAUUGGAUGAGGCUGUUGGCGAAAAGGUAAUGGAAUUGCUCGAAGACGAAGCAUUCAAAAAGCAUAUGUAG